AUGGCGACGAACAACGACGAAGAGCAAACCACGCAAAGCAUCCCGCUACUCGAUUGUUACGAUGAGGCACGAGUCGUCACGCCACCGAUGACGCCUCAACCAACGGCUAGAGGAUCCGUCAUACUUCCUCAGACUAGCCGCGAAGCGAUCGGGUCCGUCAAGUUACCGCCCUUUUGGACCAGCUCGCCAAAUACCUGGUUCAUACAGGCGGAGGCCCAAUUCGAGAACGCCGGUACGAAAUUGGAUCGUACAAAAUAUGCUCAUCUGCUGACUGCGAUGUCGCCGGAAAUCAUCGAGAAAGUGAUCGACAUCGUCCAAAAUCCUCCAGCGCAGAAUCGUUACACUUUCCUGAAGGACGCCUUGCUACAACGCCUGUCUAUCAGCGAAGAGCAACGGAUCUCCAAGCUGCUGUACAAUGCCGAGAUGGGAGACAGCAGCCCUUCAGAUUUUCAUCGACGGUUGAUGCAGCUGGCCGGUUCAACGGAAUUCUCAGAUAAGUUGAUUUUUCGUUUAUGGUUAGGGCGUUUACCGAAAGCUAUCGAGAUUGCGAUUAUUUCUAUGGUCAUUUCUGUAAACCCACGUGGCAACAGAAUAAAUAAAAUAAUUACAAUUACAAUUUCAUUACAGUCCGAACUGAUCCACAAAUAUGGAUACCCAACCGAACGGCACGAAGUCAUCACCGACGACGGAUACGUGCUGGCGUUAACGAGAAUUCCUCCCCAGGAUAAGCCAUCCAAUCUAUCGCUUCCGAAACUUCUGGUGCACGGACUGUUUGCUAGUUCUGCCGAUUUUCUUAUCAUCGGACCUAACAAUAGUCUCGCCUAUCUGUUGGCUGAUCAGGGUCAUGAUGUAUGGAUGGCGGAUCUGCGCGGCAAUCGAUACUCUCGUCGACACACCACCCUGUCACCUGACUCGCGAGCGUACUGGGACUACACCUGGCACGAGAUGGGCUGCUACGAUCUGCCGGCCAUGAUCGAUCACAUCUUGCAUGUGACCGAUACAAGGCGCCUCCAUUACAUCGGCUAUUCGCAGGGAACUACCGUGUUCUUCGUGAUGGCCUCCAGUCGGCCAGAGUACAAUGAAAAAAUUAGCCGAAUGUACGCUCUAUCAGCGGCUGUAUAUGUGGAGCACAUCCGAAGUCCUAUCUUUCGAUGGAUCGCAGAGAACAUUAACGCCAUCAAGUGUUUUCUAGACACUAUGGGACUAUGGCAGGUGUUACCCCACAACAAGGCACAGUACGCACUGCAGAGAACAUUCUGUCCAGCAAGCAAAGCGCAGAAUAUUUGUGUCCAACUGAUCGAACUGUUAUUUGGGGCCAAUCCCAAUGUAACGGAUCCGCUGGCACAGCACGUGAUUGCUGGACAUGAUCCUUCCGGAAUAUCAAGCAAACAGCUGCAACACUUCGCUCAGCUGAACCGUUCCGGUCGCUUUCAGCAGUUUGACUACGGCCGAAAGGAACUGAAUCUUGCGGCCUAUGGAAGUGAACAUCCACCGAAAUACAAUUUGUCCGCUGUCACUACACCAGUUGUGAUAUUUUACAGCCUAAACGAUUGGAUGGUAGAUCCAGCUAAUAUUGUACGACUAGCGAGCGAGCUACCGAAUCUCGUUUCCAAGACCGUUGUAGAGGAUCGGAACUUCAACCAUUUUGAUUUUAUGAUAGCGAAACGUGUUCGUGAGCUUGUGUAUGAUAAAAUUCUGCUCGACCUGAACUUAGAAGCAUAGACCGUUCAUCAAAUGUUAUGUUGUAAACAAGACUAGCAGCGGGAACGAUAACCAAGAAGAAUCCAACCCGAUAGUAUAGAGGCAGCUAGAGUAGAGAAGCGUUUACCAUAAGCCAAGAAUGUAGGCCACGUGGAAAAGCGCUGUAAGAGCUGAUUUUUAAUUCGGAAGCCAAUAUGGAAGGUACGAAUAAAUACAAAUCUUUGAUCUUUGAUUGUACAAAAAAUUGUAAAGAGAUAUUUUUUCGAUUUGUGCUAUUAAUUGUGGUACUCGGCACAGUGAAGUAUAGCGUUUAUAAAAGUUACCGUAUCGUGUAGGAUAGUGUUAGUAUUAAG